GAUGCGGCGGCGCGGCGCCCAGGAUGCCCCGCAGCCCCGGGACGCGCCUCAAACCCGCCAAGUAUAUCCCGGUGGCCACGGCCGCCGCGCUGCUGGUCGGCUCCAGCACCCUGUUCUUCGUGUUCACGUGCCCAUGGUUGACUCGAGCUGUGUCCCCAGCUGUUCCUGUCUACAAUGGCAUCAUCUUCCUCUUUGUCCUGGCCAACUUCAGCAUGGCCACCUUCAUGGACCCUGGCGUCUUCCCCCGAGCGGAUGAGGACGAGGAUAAGGAGGACGACUUCCGGGCCCCGCUGUACAAGAACGUGGAUGUGCGGGGCAUCCAGGUCCGUAUGAAGUGGUGUGCAACCUGCCACUUCUACCGCCCACCUCGCUGCUCCCACUGCAGCGUCUGCGACAACUGCGUAGAGGACUUUGACCACCACUGCCCCUGGGUCAACAACUGCAUUGGGCGCCGCAAUUACCGAUACUUCUUCCUGUUCCUGCUGUCACUCAGCGCACACAUGGUGGGCGUCGUCGCCUUUGGCCUGGUCUACGUGCUGAACCACGCUGAGGGGCUGGGAGCUGCCCACACCGCCAUCACUAUGGCCGUCAUGUGUGUGGCUGGCCUCUUCUUCAUCCCUGUCAUCGGCCUCACUGGCUUCCACGUGGUGCUGGUCACUCGGGGGCGUACCACCAAUGAGCAGGUGACGGGGAAGUUCCGUGGGGGCGUGAACCCCUUCACCCGAGGCUGCUAUGGGAAUGUGGAGCACGUGCUGUGCAGCCCUCUGGCACCCCGGUACGUGGCGGAGCCCCCCCGGCUGCCGCUGGCCGCUCGCCUGAAGCCGCCCUUCCUUCGGCCCGAGCUCCUGGAGCGAGCUGCCCCGCUAAAGGUCAAGCUUAGUGACAACGGGCUGAAGGCUGGCCUGGGCCGCAGCAAGUCCAAGGGCAGUCUGGACCGGCUGGAUGAGAAGCCGCUGGAUCUGGGGCCGCCACUGCCCCCCAAGGCGGAGGCCGGCACGUUUGGAGGUGACCUGCAGACCCCACGCCCGAGCAGUGCUGAGAGCGCCCUGUCGGCGCAGAGGACCAGCCCCCCGACACCUGCCAUGUACAAGUUCCGGCCUGCCUUUCCCUCGGGUCCCAAGGCGCCCUUCUGCGGGCCUGGUGAGCAGGUCCCUGGCCCUGACUCCCUGACACUGGGGGAAGACAGCAUCCACAGCCUGGACUUUGCGUCGGAGCCCAGCCUGGACCUCCCUGACUACACGCCCGGAGGCUUGCACGCAGCCUACCCGCCGUCCCCGCCACUCAGUGCUGCUGACACCUUUUCGGGUGCCUUGCGCUCCCUGAGCCUCAAGGCAGCAAGCCGGAGGGGUGGGGACCACGUGGCCCUGCAGCCUCUGCGCUCUGAGGGCGGGCCCCCCACACCCCACCGCAGCAUCUUCGCCCCCCACGCGCUGCCCAACCGCAAUGGCAGCCUGUCCUAUGACAGUCUGCUUAACCCCGGCUCUCCCGGCGGCCACACGUGCCCAGCCCACGCCACAGCCGGUGUGGCCAGCUACCGCUCGCCCUACCUGCACCCGGGGGCGGUGGGUGACCCGCCACGGCCCCCGCCCCGUAGCUUCAGCCCGGUGCUGGGCCCCCGGCCACGGGAGCCCUCACCUGUGCGCUACGACAACCUGUCCAGGACCAUCAUGGCCUCCAUCCAGGAGCGCAAGGACAGAGAGGAGCGGGAGCGGCUGCUGCGCUCUCAGGCCGACUCGCUCUUCGGCGACUCGGGCGUCUAUGACGCGCCCAGCUCCUACAGCCUGCAGCAGGCCAGCGUGCUGUCCGAGGGCCCCCGUGGCCCUGCCCUGCGCUACGGCUCCAGAGACGACCUUGUGGCGGGGCCCGGCUUCGGCGGCGCCCGCAACCCCGCACUGCAGACUUCGCUGUCCUCGCUGGCCAGCGCCGUGAGCCGGGCGCCGCGGACCUCCUCCUCCUCCCUGCAGGCCGACCUGGCCAACAACAACGCCCCUGGGCCUCGGCCCGGCAGCGGCUCGCACAGGUCCCCGGUGCGCCAGGGUCCCCCCUCCCCACCCAGCACGCCCCGCUCACCCUCCUAUGCAGGCCCCAAAGCUGUCGCCUUCAUCCACACGGACCUCCCGGAGUCGCCACCCUCGCUGGCCGUGCAGAGGGACCACCCUCAGCUGAAGACCCCCCCAAGUAAGCUUAACGGGCAGUCCCCGGGCCUGGCCCGCCUGGGGCCUGCCGCUGGCCCCCCAGGGCCCUCCGCCAGCCCUGCCCGGCACACGCUCGUUAAGAAGGUGUCCGGCGUGGGUGGGACCACGUACGAGAUCUCAGUGUGAGAGGACUGACUGUCAUCCAUCCGCCGUGGAGCCCCGGGGACCAGGACCCCCAGCGGCUGCCCUCCCCUCCCGACUUCUCUGCCCCGGGAGACAAGGAGGCCCAGGCCUGGUGUGGACACGUCAGCGGAAGAGACCACGCCUCCACAAGCCUGUCCCUCUUCCUUCCGCCUGUCCAUCCACCCAUCUGCUCAGCAGGGCGCAGCUGGGC